AAAGUAUAUUUUGACGGAGUUCUAUCAUAUUGACUAAUAUUUGCAACUGUCAACAAUGAUAAGCACCAUCUGGGCUACGUUACUAUUUGUGGCUAUCAUUAACCUACAAUAUGUAGUUGAUUCCAUUGAUUUACAGCAACCAUUGCCGAGCACUACGCGUAUGUUCCCCGGGAUUUUUUCUGAUGGUGGUUUUUAUCGUAUGAUUGUUUACAAUACUGAUGGUGAUCAUAACAUAAAAUAUGGCGAUUUGGAUAUUGUGAUUGCACCUUUAAAGCAUUCGAAUGUGAUAUACAUAGAAGAAUAUCAUCGGGGAGAAAAUGUUUUUUUUGAAUUAAAUACGCAGUUUGCUGACGGUGAGUACAGAAGUUAUAAAUCUGUACAUUUCAAGGUGAUUCAUGGGAAACCAUCAAUAAGCAAUAAUUUUGAACUAUACAAUUUUAUACAGGGGCCCGUGUUGCUCUAUGUAGAUGUUAGUACCAGUGCAUCAGUGCACCCUCGCAUAUGGAAAACAGUAUCGGCGGAUGGUUGUAGAAUUACAUUUGAGUUUAUGUCCCUACAUAGGUAUAUGGAACGCCCAUGUUGGCGGGGAAAACCUGGUUUUCUGAUGUCUACUAUAGUGAACACAGAUUUUAGAAUGGAGAGAUCAGGUGUUGUUACAUCAUCGGUUCUCUUUUAUAGUGAGCGUAUAAUCAUAGAUUUGAAUUCUAAGCCAUAUCGCUACAUGCUAGAGUGUAAGGAUCAAUUCUAUAGUGUGGAACCCCUGUCGGGUAUAAUAAAAGCAAAAAAUCCAUUCAGAUCAACUGAGAUGCUCUGGAAACCUAAUGCAGAUGAUGAAGAUACGUCUGUUAAGGAAAGAGUCAGUAUAACCAUUGAUGUGUCCACUAUUCUUAGCACAUCUCCUAACGUUAUAGCUGUACUCAACGUCAAACGUGCAUCUUGGUCAUAUUUCGUAUAUGAGGUGGUUUUAUUUACUUCGGUGAAGAUUGUGGAUGUGCUUGUGGAAAAUUCAGAAAGCAGUGUCACAAUUUAUAACAAUCCGCCUGACGCAUUAAUAGCACGUGUUGAGCGCUACUGCCAAGAUGUGACAAGUGCUGAGUAUGUUGUGGUUCAUGAAUUCAGAAAAGGUUCCAAUGGACUACUGCCACGUACUCAUAUAUUGGAGUUGGUAGAUACAGACGGCAAAAAGAUUUAUGAAGAGGUAUAUAAGCAGCGUAAAAAGCAUAUUGAAAUGGUAACAAACUCUAUCAGGGAUGAACAAUCAUCCUGAUCUUUUUUAUCUUAGGUCAC